AUGGAUAAUACCGCUUCUGCGAUUCAAACCCUUGAAGCAGCGGCGCAAAUGUUAAUGGCGCCGCCAAAUUUAGUAACUUCUGAGCAACGGCACCAAGCAGAAAGUGUGUUUCUAGAAUUUCGAAGUACCAAAAACCCAUAUCAAUUGUGCAGAGAGAUUCUUGAAAAGUCUAGUUCAGAUUAUGUGUUAUUUGAAGCAGCUGGUCUUAUAAAAACAGCACUUAUAAGAGAGUGGAACCUACUCUCUGAAAAUGAUAUAUCAUCAUUGAGGGAAUAUUUAUUAAGCUAUUUGCUAAGAAAUGAAAGUCCUCCUUUCUUAAAAGAGAAGUUGUUACAGACAAUUGCAGUUAUAAUCAAAAGAGGUAGUAUCAGCGAUGGUGGAAGAGAAAGAAAAGCAUUAUUGGAAGAGUUGGAAAAAAUUAUUUUAAGCUCACCUAUUAGUCAGCAAAAAUUGGCAUGCUCUCUGAUAUUGGCCAUCAUGCAGGAAUAUGCUAUUACAGUCAAAUCAGCUGAUGUUGGAUUAAUAUGGGAAGUCCAUUUUAGAUUAAAGAAAUCAUUUGAAGCACUGGAUUUAAAGAGAAUAUUUAGGUUUACUGUUAGUGUUUUAGAACAAAUAGUACGUUCUGGACACCGUCCGGAGGGUGAUCAGGCAUUGCUAACAAAACAAUUACUGACUAUUGUUGAAACUGUAUUGUGUUGGAGUCAUGUCUCACCGUUGUUAUCGAAAAGACUUAUUGGUGCUUUUGAGGCAAUAUAUGAAAGUGAUACUGCACCAGCUCUACGUUUAAGCUUAAAUUGGAAAGAUACAAUAAUGCAACCGGAACUGCUGGCAUUGUUCUUUGAAAUUCACAUGUAUGUACGAACUAAUCCCGAACUAGCAAAUCCUUCACUGACUUGUUUAGUUCAAUUAGCAAGUUUGAGUGGAGUUGUGGUUUCUGCUAGCAAUCUAAAACAACAGUAUUUAGAGAAUUAUGUCAAUAGUUUUAUGAGGAUGCUAGCUUUCAUUCAACCUUUUGAUAGAGAAAUGCUUGGUAUAUCUGAUAUUUAUCGGCGAUUAGUGCAAUUUUUUACACCUUCAAUGAUUGCUUCAACACCACCAGCUUUUCUACAAAAUCUAACAAAUUAUACUUGUCACUGUAUAAGGGGAGCAGUGAUGGAAGAAAGCGCAAAUGAUGAUACAGUAUGGAGAGAGUCACUCAACAAAUUUUUGCAUACAUGGAGUUCAAUAGCUCAUGAUUUAGAUGGAUUUACUGAUGAAACACUCAUGAACCCAUGUAUUGAAAUAUUUAACACAUAUUUACAAUGUAGAUUAGCACCACCAGAUGGGACAAGAGGUGCAGAAAACGAAAACUGUGCUGAAGAUAUUAAAGAUGAUAUUGAGGAGGAUGAAAGACAAUUACACAGUAAUGUUCUUCUUACUAUUGGAGCUAUUGCUCGCAAGGCACCUGCCCAUUGUUGUCACAUACUAUUUACUUUGCUCCAAGACAGGAGUAAGAGGCUAGAGAGUCAACUUCAGAUGAUGCAUAUGGGUAAAUUGCCAAUAGUCAGUGGUGGCGAACAGCUAGUUACACUAUUUGAAGAUCUUCACUGGAUUCUAAUGAUAACAGGUCAUUUCCUAGCCGUGGAUUGUACUGAGGGUGAAACAGUUAUGAUACCCUCGGAAAUCGUUCAAUACAGCAUCUCUCAAAACGCCAAUAUUGAAGCAUCUCUGAGAUUCCUUGUCGGAGAAAGCACAAGUACUGAAAACGUUGAUCCUAUAUUGAAAUUGAUCGGCGAGAUCCUUCGCAUCAGUUCGUGGGAGUGUAUGGCGUUAGAGGCGGGUUUGGCCGUAGUAUUUAGUCCGGAGCUAUCAGCCACGUUGUCAUGGCUACUUAAAAUAUGGGCCAAUUCGUACCUCGUACCACAGCCUUCACAUUACUCUGAGAUUCUAGAGGUAGCUUUCGGUCGUGGGUCGCGCGGCGUGUCGUGGGCUGUGUCGCUAGUGGCGCGACGGGCGGCCGCGACACUAAGACACCUUUCAGCGCAGCCAACGGCAGCCAAACACGCGCUAUUACUACUAGCGACCCUCGCACAUUCACAUCAUAAGGAAAGUCCAUUGGCUAGUUGUGAGGAGUUUCUGUCUCUGGUGGCUUGGGAGGCUGCUGGGAGUAACCUUCCCGGGGAAUUAAGGAGAGAGCUACACAGGGCGUUUGCUAUAGCUGCUACUUAUGCUGAAGGGGAAGUCCGUAAUCGACUUCUGGGUAGCACGGUGGCCCUUCAGGAUAAAUUACUGAAUAUUCUGAACACUGAGAGCGAUACGGAACCAGUUAGAAACAUGUUGGCCGAUACUCUCGACUGCUUUAUAGGGGUCACUGAAGGCGUUCUUGAGGUGGGCACAAUGGACGAACAGUUUAUAAUGUUGAUGGGUGCCCUUGAUAAAGUCCCGGGUAUAGUUUUCCGAUACCACAACUACCCGGGCGUGGUUUUGCCCGCACUCACAUUAUUAGCGAAAUCAGCCAAGAGAAUGCUGCACUCAGUACAGCCUCAGAACGUCAACAAGUUUCUUGAAGUUUGUAACGCCACGUUCGAAGUAUACACGAGGUGGAAUUCCGGUAAAAUAUCAAGUAUCCCUCAAGAUGCAGAGGAAGAAGCAUAUGAGGAUAUUUGCGCUCUGAUGGAAGUCAUUAGCAGUAUAUCUCGUUGCGGUGGUGGCGGGUCGUGGGGCGGCUCGUGUGCGAGAGGCCUGCGUUUAAUACUGCCGAUGUUGGCGCCACCACUACUAGCUAUGCCAACACUGGCACAUAAGGCGUAUCGAAUGUUGAGAGAUCUAGACCACGCUGAUCAGUUGACUAAUCUUCCAAUCGAGGACUUCAACAUGGUAAUAGCGGCUCUACGAGUUGGUCUUACCGCCGUGUCAUGCGAUGUUUCAACACUAUGCUGCGACACAAUCGUAGGGCUGUCCAAUAGAGUACGAACCCUCGGCGAUGACAACCCUUACGCCAUAUCAUUAUUAUCAUUAGCGGAAUUACUAUUAAUGUUAAUUAUAAAGAUGGAAAUACCACCCGAUUCAAUACCGGCGGCUGGCGCGGCUAUAUACGCGUUGACUUGCGUGAAACCGGCUUUAUUAGAAGGACUUGCGAGACAGCUGAUCGAGGCGUUUGCGGUUAACGACCCCGCCAAUGUUCCUAGAUUAGAAGAAUCCUUUGGUGUACUCACUAACGGAGUGCUCUUUGACGGCUUGAGAACACACAAGCUACGAUUUCAAGACAACUUCGAUAAAUUCUUAGCUAGUGUACAUGGUUUUCUUAUUGUUAAGUAA